AUGUCGACACGCAGAUACAAAGCCGCCAUCUCUCAGGCUGAACCUAUCUGGUUCGACCUGAAAGGAGCAGUCAAACGAACAGUUGAGCUCAUCGAAGAAGCGGCCGCAAAUGGCGCUGCUUUGGUUGCUUUCUCCGAGCUAUGGAUCCCAGGAUAUCCCAACUUCCUCUGGGGUGGUACAUACAGCGAGAACAUUCCGCUGGUGCAAACGUACAUGAAGAACAGCAUGGAGGCACACGGGCCUGAAAUGUUGGAGAUCCGGCAGGCUGCAGCAGCCAACACGAUGCAUGUCGUUCUGGGCUUCAGCGAGAGGGUGGCGAGCUCACUCUAUCUGGCGCAGAUCUUGAUAGACGACAAAGGCGACGUUUUGCUCCACAGAAGGAAGAUCAAACCUACACAUCUCGAACGUACUCUUUUUGGUGACGCGACGGGCGACUCGCUGCAGACUGUUGCGGAUAGUAAACUCGGCAAGAUCGGGAUGCUCAACUGCUGGGAGCACUUUCAGCCUCUGCUGAAAUACCACACUUAUGCACAAGAUGAGCAAGUCCACAUCGCAGCGUGGCCGUAUCAUGGCGAAGCUCUGGGAGAUGAGCCAUGGUCAGUAUGUACUGAAGCCAACGAAGUGACCGCUAGUCGCAUGCACGCUCUAGAGGGAGGAACUUUUGUGCUUGUGACCAACCAAAUGAUUACUGCAGCGGGGUUGAAGAAGAACACCCAAGGUCACAACGCGACUGGGAAGUCCUUCUCUGUUGGUGGCAUCGGCGGUGGCGCGGCGAGAGUGUUCGGUCCCGAUGGACGUCAGCUCACUCCAGAUUCGGACCCAUACCAUGACGGAUUGAUAUAUUGUGACAUCGACCUGGAUCUAAUCGGUCGGGCCAAGACACUCGCAGACCCCGUUGGCCAUUAUUCUCGCCCAGACCUGCUUCACUUGGUAGUCGACGAUAGGCCAAAGCAUUACGUGAUCAAGGCAGAUGCUGGUCCACCACAAACGCUCACAUCCGCAUUCAAACCCCUUGGAGAUACGCUGGCAUCGUUUGCGAACGGAUGCUGA